AUGGUUGUAGAGGACGGUGCGCCGAUGUUGGUCCUCACUGAUCCCUCAGCCAAGGCGUCCUCAUAUCGAAUCGACACUGGGGGCGACUUUACCGAGCCCAAUGAUAAGUACCUGAUUGGAUUGGGAAAGAGAAAUAGCUUUGGGCUGGUCUCUCGGAUUGCCACUAUGCUGGCUGCGAAUAACGCCAAGAUAGAGUUCUCGCCGAUCAUGAAGUUCUUUGUUGUCCGUGGACCCUUUGAGAUGGGAGAAAUUGUCGAUAUUCGAUUUGUGACUAGCAUGGCAGCUGCCGUUGACUUUAGCUCGGGACCUGGAGCUGAGGAACACUUUGCAGUUGUUGUACACAAAAGCGAUGGAGAGUUUGAAGUUAAAGAUGGUCGUGAAGAGGAGUAA